CGCGAGGGCGGGGCCCCCGGCGCGGCCCCUCCGUGCUGCCCCCCGCUGCCCCGCGCGGGGGUUCCGCCGCCCGCCAGGCCCUGGGCGCCGGAAUCCCAAGAGGAAUCCGUAAAUCCCGGGAUUGUUGCCUCUGGAAGCUCGAGAUGCGUUAGAAUUCCAAGAAUUCCCAGAAUUCCCUUUCCCAAAGGAAUGCAGCACCAUGCGCUGCCUGGCCCGCCUCAGCUCCAAGGCUCUCCUGGCUCUCUGCUCCCUCCUGGCGCUGCUCUCCCUGCUGCUCUGGACCCGCUGCUCCCGCCACUCGGGGAGCGCCUCCGGAAUUCCCCAGGGCGAGGAGGCCUCGCCGCAGGGCGCGCCGAGAGCGCCGGGAAUGGCGGGGAGCGCCGGCAGGGCGCCGGGGCCCCGCUACGAGGAGAUCGACUGCGUCAUCAACGAGGAGCACACGGUGAAGGGGCGGCGCGAGGGCGGCGAGGUGUUCCUGCCCUUCAGCUGGGUGGAGAAAUACUUCCAGGUGUACGGGCGCAUCGCCCAGGCCGACGGCGCUGAGCGCUUCGAGUUCUCCCACAGCUACUCCAAGGUCUACGCCCAGCGCGCGCCGUACCGGCCCGACGGCGUCUUCAUGUCCUUCGAGGGCUACAACGUGGAGCUCCGCGACCGGGUCAAGUGCAUCAGCGGCGUGGAAGGAGUUCCUCUCUCCACGCAGUGGGGCCCUCAGGGCUACUUCUACCCCAUCCAGAUCGCCCAGUACGGGCUGAGCCACUACAGCAAGAACCUGACGGAGAAGCCGCCGCACGUGGAGGUAGAGCUCCGAGGGCGUCUCCCUGGAGCUCAACAACGGCCGGGAUUUCAUCAUCUCCUUCGACCUGAAGCUGCUGAGCAACGGCAGCGUGUCCGUGGUGCUGGAGACCACGGAGAGGAACCAGCUCUUCACCGUGCACUACGUGUCCAGCACGCAGCUCAUCGCCCUCAGGGACAGGGACAUCUUCUACGGCAUCGGCGCGCGCGGCAGCUGGAGCACGCUCACCCGGGACCUGCUGACGGACCUCCGCAAGGGCGUGGGGCUCUCCAACACCAAGGCGGUGAAGCAAACCAAGAUCAUGCCCAAGCGGGUGCUGCGCUUGGUGGCCAAGGGCCGCGGCCUCCUGGACAACGUCACCAUCUCGGCCACCGCCCACAUGGCCGCCUUCUUCGCCGCCAGCCGCUGGCUGCUGCGCAACCAGGACGAGCGCGGCGGCUGGCCCAUCAUGGUCACCAGGAAGCUGGGAGAAGGCUUCAAAUCCUUGGAUCCGGGCUGGUACUCGGCCAUGGCGCAAGGCCAGGCCAUGUCCACGCUGGUCAGGGCCUACCAGCUGACCAAGGAGCCGGCGUUCCUGGGCGCGGCGCUCAGGGCCACGGCGCCCUUCAAGCUGCCGGCGGAGCAGCGCGGGGUCAAGGCGGUGUUCAUGAACCGGCACGACUGGUACGAGGAGUAUCCCACCACGCCCAGCUCCUUCGUGCUCAACGGCUUCAUGUACUCCUUGAUCGGCCUCUACGACCUGAAGGAGACGGCCGGGGAGAAGCUGGGCAAGGAGGCGCGGCUGCUCUACGAGCGCGGCAUGGAGUCGCUCAAGGCCAUGCUGCCGCUCUUCGACACCGGCUCGGGCACCAUCUACGACCUGCGGCACUUCAUGCUGGGCACGGCGCCCAACCUGGCGCGCUGGGACUACCACACCACCCACAUCAACCAGCUGCAGCUGCUGGGCUCCAUCGACGACGCGCCCGUCUUCAAGGAGUUCGUCAAGAGGUGGAAGAGCUACCUGCGGGGAGGGCGGGCCAAGCACAACUGAGCUCUUCCCCGCCCUUCCCGCGCUUCCGACGGGUCCUUCCCAAAAAAAAAAAAACCGCGGGCCUUAAAACUGCUCCGUCGGAAGGUUUGGGAUCGGGGCGCUCUCCGGUGGUUGAGGCUGGGUUUUGUUGGGAUUGGUUUUUCCUUUUCCAAGGAAAAGGUUUGCAGAAGCCAUAGAAGUCUUGGAAGCGCGGUCGCUGCCUGGAGAGCUCGUCCAGGGCCUCUUAAACCGGGAUUUUGUGUCCGUGUUGGAGCAGCUCCCGUGGGAUGAGCGCCGUCCACGGGAAUCACUCGGAGCCUGGGAGUGCGAAGUGUGGCUUUAAAGGGAGGGGGGGGUUUCCUAGGGAUUCGCUUUUUUUGGGAUGGAAAAUCCGCGGUUGGAAUUUUUUGCCAGUUCUCUGCCUGGAGAUCCUGGAGCUGGAGGGUUUUUUCAUGGAAAACACGUGCCCGGCAUCAUGGAAGCACAACUGGGAGCCUGGAGCACAACAGCCCCAGGCCACCAGCACCGGUGUCCCCUCGGAGCUGGGAUCCCCUUUCCCGGUCACUGGAAUUCCCUCGGAGCUGGGAUCCUUAUCCCAGUCACUGGAAUUCCCUCAGAGCUGGGAUCCCUUGUUGGAGUCACCGGUGUCCCCUCGGAGCUGGGAUCCCCUUUCCCGGUCCCUGGAAUUCCCUCGGAGCUGGGAUCCCUUGUUGGAGUCACCGGUGUCCCCUCGGAGCUGGGAUCCUUAUCCCAGUCACUGGAAUUCCCUCGGAGCUGGGAUCCCCUUUCCCAGUCACUGGAAUUCCCUCGGAGCUGGGAUCCCCUUUCCCAGUCACCGGUGUCCCCUCGGAGCUGGGAUCCCCUUUCCUGGUCACUGGAAUUCCCGCGGAGCUGGGAUCCUUAUCCCAGUCACUGGAAUUCCCUCAGAGCUGGGAUCCCUUGUUGGAGUCACCGGCGUCCCCUCGGAGCUGGGAUCCCCUUUCCUGGUCACUGGAAUUCCCACGGAGCUGGGAUCCUUAUCCCUGUCACCGGUGUCCCCUCAGAUCUGGGAUCCCUUUUCCUGGAGCUCCGUGUUUUCUGUGGGAUUUUGCAAUUCCAUCUGGGAUGUUCCUCAGAGCACUGGGGGCAUUUUUGGGAAUUGCUGAGCGGGACAUGGAGCUCGUCCAGAGUUCCUCAGGAAGUUCAAGAAUUCGGGAAUUUUCAUUUUUCUCCUGCUCCAGCCCAUCCGGCAUUUUAACAGUUCCAUCCCAGAGGGUUUUCCCAGCUCUCCCUGGGCUGGAAUUCCCAGAGAAGCUGUGGCUGCCUCUGGAUCCCUGGAAUGUCCAAGGCCAGCUUGGAGCAGCCUGGGACCGUGGAAGGUCCCUAUGGAAUGGGAUGAGCUUUAAGGUCCUUCCCACCAAACCAUUCCAUGAUUCCAUGAUCCCACUGGCUGCGUGAUCGCCAACUCCUGGAUGGACUUUGGGAAUUCCCACUGCUCCCAUUCCAUGGUGGAGCUGAUCCCCAUCCCAAAAUCCCGGGCACAAGGACAACACCCAUCUCCAUCUUUUUAUUGCUUUCAUUUUUUGAGGCUUUUCCCUCAUUUCUCACCGAUCCCGGAGCGACUUUUUCCGCGUGCUCCGGUCGGAUCCACCCAUCCGAUGGAUGGCGGAGGAGAAAUUCCAAUACCAAAGGUAGCAGAGGGGAAUUUUUUCCAUGCCCAUGGAAACGCAACGGACACAAACCCACCCCAAACCUGGGAUUCCUUCCCAAAAAUCCGCUCUGUCCUCCCCCCGCGUGUCCCUUCCAUCGUUUUCCCAGCUGGAAAACCCGGAGGGCCUCCUUGGGUGCUGCUCCAGGAUGGUUCUGGUGCCUUACAGAGGCCGGAAUUCCUCUUGGUUGGGUUUUUUGGGAAUCGAUGCCGAUGGUGGGGUUGGAGCGCGGCAGAUUUUCCCGCUCCGGAAGCACUCGGAAGCGCGGGAUGGGCAUUCCAAGGUUGUCCCUCCUGUCCCACCUCUUGUCCUUCCAUCACCUUCUGGUGGCCUUAGACAGGUGGAGCUUCCAGGAAUCCCCAGAGGCUGUAAAUCCAUGGAGAAUCCAUGGGGAUAUUCCUGAUAUUCCUUAAAUUCCGUUGUGCAUUGGAAGAGGAUCCUUGACCAUGCCAGCAGUGCCCAAAACUUCAUGGAAUUCAUUCCAGUUUGGGAUCUUUUUGUUCAUUUUCCAUCUUCAAGCUCCCAAAGAUCUUUGGGACCAAGAUCAGCUUCGAUCCCAGAUUUUCCUCUGGAGAUCCAUUGGCCCUUCCCAUGGGAUCCUUUCUCCAUGGACACCGCUGGAAGUUUGGGAUGGAGCAUUCCAAGAUUGUCCUUCCAUCACCUUCUGGUGGCCUUAGCACAGCUGGAGCUUCCAGGAAUCCCCACCAGAGGCUGCAAUUCCAUGGAGAACCCGUGGGGAAUUCCUGAUAUUCCUUAAAUUCCAUUGUGCGUUGGAAGAGGACCCUUGGCCAUGGAGCCGACCCCCAAAACAUCUUGGAAUUCUUUCCGGUUUGGGAUUUCUUCGUUCAUUUCCAUCUUCAAACUCCCAGAGAUCUUUGGGACCAAGAUCAUCUUCGAUCCCAGAUUUUCACCCGGAGAUCCGUUGGCUCUUCCCGUGGGAUCCCCUCUCCGUGGCUCCCCCACCCCAACAACACAAGCACAACCUUCCCUGGGAUCCGGCAUUCCCUGGGAUCCGGCGUUCCCUGGGAUCCAGCAUUCCCUGGGAUCCGGCAUUCCCUGGGAUCCGGCGUUCCCUGGGAUCGGGCGUUCCCUGGGAUCCGGCAUUCCCUGGGAUCCGGGCGUUCCCUGGGAUUCAGCGUUCCCUGGGAUUCAGCGUUCCCUGGGAUCCGGCAUUCCCUGGGAUCCGGGCGUUCCCUGGGAUCCGGCAUUCCCUGGGAUCCGGGCGUUCCCUGGGAUCCGGGCUUUCCCUGGAAGCCGCUCAUUCCCGUUCUCCUCCUCCCCGGGCGUGGCUUGGCUGGGAUUUUGUUGGAUUUUCCGGGAUUUUCCCGAGGAUCCCGAUGGAAAAUAUGCAAUAAUUUGUUUACAGGAUGCUCCGGGCAGGGCGCUCCUUUAAGCACAAUGUGCACAGGAUAGUUUUGUAUUCCGCCCCUCCGGAAUUUUUGGCGGGAAGAGGUUCUCCUACGUUUCUAUGGGACAUUGGGAAUGCUUGGAAAGCUUUCUAAGACUGGGAAAUAAAUUUUUUUAUCUUAAGAAAAAAAAAAAAAAAAAACAAA